GCAGCGCCAUCACUCACUCCCCGAUUCUAACUAUAAAUCCCCGCCAUUUCCCACCUCGCAGAUCUCGAUCUCGCACUCUGAUUACUGUCCUUCUCUCUUUCUCUCCUUCUCGAUCGAUUUCUUUCAUCGCAGCAAUGGCGUACGAGGGGAUCAUCUUGGGGAUGGGCAACCCUCUUCUUGACAUAUCGGCUGUCGUUGAUGAUGAAUUUUUGCAGAGAUACGACAUCAAGCCGAAUAAUGCUAUCCUCGCGGAGGAGAAACAUCUUCCAAUGUAUGAAGAAUUGGCAAAGAAUCCUAAUGUGGAGUACAUUGCAGGAGGUGCUACACAAAACUCAAUUAAAGUGGCUCAGUGGUUGCUUCAACAUCCUGGUGCAACAAGCUAUAUCGGUUGCAUUGGAAAAGACAAGUUCGGAGAGGAGAUGAAAAAAAACUCAAAAAGUGCCGGUAUUAAUGUUCAUUAUUAUGAGGUUGAAUCUACACCGACAGGAACAUGUGCUGUUUGUGUGGUGGGUGGUGAAAGGUCACUAGUGGCUAAUUUGUCUGCUGCAAAUUGCUACAAGUCUGAUCAUUUGAAAAAACCUGAAAAUUGGGCAUUAGUUGAGAAGGCCAAGUAUUUCUACAUUGCUGGAUUUUUUCUCACUGUAUCACCAGACUCCGCACUUCUUGUAGCUGAACAUGCAGCUGCAAACAAAAAGUAUUUCUCGAUGAACCUUUCUGCUCCAUUUAUAUGUGAGUUUUUCAAGGACGCACUGGAGAAAGUUUUUCCGUAUAUCGACUACGUUUUUGGUAAUGAAACCGAAGCAAGGACGUUCUCUAAAGUUCAGGGAUGGGAGACUGAGAAUGUUGAGGAGAUAGCUCUAAAGAUUGCUGCGUGGCCUAAAGCAUCAGGAACACACAAGAGAAUUGCUGUUAUUACUCAAGGUCCAGGUCCAGUUGUUGUUGCUGAGGAUGGAAAAGUGAAGACGUUCCCAGUUAUUGUGCUGCCUAAAGAGAAACUCGUUGACACUAAUGGAGCAGGAGAUGCGUUCGUGGGAGGCUUUCUAUCUCAAUUAGUUCAAGAAAAACCCAUCGAGGACUGCGUAAGAGCUGGGUGUUAUGCAUCAAAUGUUAUAAUCCAAAGGUCUGGCUGCACAUUCCCUGAGAAGCCUGAUUUUAAAUGAGCAUUCUUUCGUAUUGGCGAGACCUUUGGCCCUCCUCUCCUAGUAGUACCCAUCUCUAGCUAUUGCUUUACCUUUAUAUUCAUUUUUCCUAUUGGCUAGUGCGGAUGAUGGCUAUUUCUGCGCAUCCCAAUAUAUAUCUAAUUCACCAUAUUCCUGUUAUUCCCAGAUGUUGUAAGGACUUAUUAAGUAUCUUGCCCUGAAAGUUUAUAUGAUUAUAGAGCAGCUUGGUUCA